AUGCUGUUGGUUGCUGAUUAUUCCGGCAAGGUUCUCGAGUUACCCUGGUGGGCGUUGCUUCUACUUGCGCUCGUCGCCUACAGAGCCUUCAACACUCUUACCUACUAUGUCGCCUACAAAAAGUCUGGUGCCACACUUGCCCCCGCAGUGUCAGAUGGGUGGUAUGGUUUUAAGCUUAUGAGGGUAGUUGUGGAAAAACAAAAGAAGGGGGAGAUGCCUGACUACUUGUACUCUCGAUUCAUUGAAACCGGCAAAGAUACCGUUAGGUUGGUCAUGGCCGGCACCCCGGUGGUGUCGACGAGAGACCCAGAAAACAUCAAGGCGCUCUUGGGCACCCAGUUCAACGAUUUCAUCUUGGGGCUCCGUCACAAGCAGUUCCAAAUCUUGCUUGGUGAUGGUAUCUUCACCUUGGAUGGCGCUGGCUGGAAACACUCAAGAGCCAUGUUGCGUCCACAGUUUGCCAGAGAGCAGGUGGGCCACGUCCGCUCCUUGGAGCCACACGUCCAGGCGCUUGCGAGACUCAUACGCAGAACAAACGGGCAGGAGUUUGAUAUCCAGCCGUUGUUCUUCAAGUUGACCAUCGAUUCGGGAACGGAGUUUUUGUUUGGCGAGUCGUGUGAGUCGUUGAGCGAGGACGAACCGGGUUUCGCCAACAGCGGGCCUGCGGUGAAACGUGAGUUCCCCAAGGCGUUCAACACUUCCCAGUCGUACUUGUUCUUGAGAGCUGGUUUCCAAAAACUCUACUGGAUCGUCAACAACUCUGACUUUAGGAAAAACAACAAGAUUGUGCACGAGUUUGCUGACUAUUACGUCAACAAGGCCUUGAACUCGACCCCUGAGGAGGUGGAGAAGUUCUCUAAUCAAGGCUACGUCUUCUUGUAUGAAUUGUCCAAGCAGACCAGAGACCCCAAGGUGUUGAGAGACCAGUGCUUGAACAUUUUGUUGGCUGCUCGUGACACUACCGCUGGCUUGUUGUCUUUUAUGUUUUUUGAGCUUGCAAGAAAUCCUCAUGUAUUUGCUAGAUUGCGUGAAGAGAUUAUUCAGGCCUUUGGUGAGGGUGACGAUGCCGAUUUGUCCGCCAUUACCUUUGAGUCUUUGAAGAAGCUCGAGUACUUGAAGUGGGUCAUCAACGAGACUCUCAGAUUGUACCCAUCUGUUCCACAGAACUUCCGUGUGGCCACCAAGGACACCACCCUCCCAAGAGGUGGUGGUCCUAACAGAGACCAGCCUAUCUUUGUCAGAAAGGGACAGACAGUUACUUACACGAUUUACGCUACUCACAGAUCUGAGGAGAUCUACGGCAAGGACGUGUUGACCUACAGACCCGAGAGAUGGGGCGAGCUUGCCAUGAAGAAGGUCGGAUGGGGAUUCCUUCCUUUCAAUGGUGGCCCCAGAAUUUGUUUAGGUCAACAGUUUGCAUUGACGGAAGCGUCUUACGUCACAGUUAGACUCUUGCAAAUGUUCAAGAAUAUUCAGUCGUUUGAUGACUGUGACACCCCAAAGAAGGCUACCCAUUUGACCAUGUCGUUGUUCGACGGCGCUCACAUCGGCUUGUCAUAG